UCCAUGGAGCCAUGGCCGUCCCGGCACGGAUUUUACGUAAACACACUGGCGGCGUAUCAAGUGGCUAACCCACGCUCAAGUGUCAUCGGUAUGUUAUAGCCCACACACAUGUUAUGUCGUCUAUACAGGAGCAGUCGUACCCCCCCCUCCAGUCGAAGUCUUAAACGACGAGCUCCUGAGAAACGUGCUCCACAGCGGAUCCACCCGCUGUGGAGUCCUCAAAGCAAACACACAUGCUGUGAACCUCACAUGUUAACCCCUAAUGAAGGCCUCAUCACUACCACACAGUCAGUCCAAUGGCCAAUCCCAAAAGAACCCUACAGCCGUUUCAGAAGGGCACGUUUUCAGGUGUUUUACCCUUUCCGUAAUAAAUUGGCAGAAAGAGCGACAGUUCAACUACAUAAACGACAGAUCUAUGUAUCUGCAUUGUUGCAAAAGGUACACCUCACUGGCAUGUGCAGUUCAACUCCGAGCGUGGGCGAUGAGCAUGUUAACUAUGUCUUUCUGGCGAUGUUGCCAAUUGCCCAACUGCCAAGUUAUGUACUGGUUCAAGGUACCACACAAUGUGCAGCACGGGCUGAAAAGCUUUCUUGACACUCAAGCUCGUUGAUUAUGACUUGGCUUGAGCUUCAUUGUCUCAAUAUAAUUCCUAAUUGGUGUUGAUGUGCGGUUCAAGGCAACAAAGCAUCAACUUGCAGAUGUGCAAUUGAGUAUCAACAGGCCCACGAGGCUCCCACGUUGCACUGGGAAAUGGCCCUCAGACGUAUUAA